AUGAAGUUCCUCGCCUGCCUCGCUGCCGCUGCCGUGCCCCUGGCAUCGGCUCGGCGUCUUGCCCCUCGUGAGGCCAGGGUCCUCUACGAUGGCUUUAAGGUCUUUGAGAUUGAAGCACCGGAGGGCGUCGACGCCAUUAUGGAGAAAAUCGCCAACAUCGACUUCAUCGACGUCGACGAGGGUUCGCCUGACAGUUACAGCGUCGCCGUGGCUCCCGAGUCGGUCAAGGACUUUGAGGCUCUCGGCCUGAAGCAUAUUGUGGUCCACGAGGAUCUCGGCGCCGAUAUCCUUCUUGAGGGUGACCUACAGCCUUAUGCCAGCAGGAAGCUCUCGAGGGCCUCCUCCGAGGCGCUUUCUGCUGAUCUCCCUGGCAUCGAGUGGUUCAAUGCGUAUCACGCGUACGCCGACCAUGUCGACUACAUCGAAGACCUGCACUACGCCUUCCCCGACAACUCUGAACUCGUCGUCGCCGGCAAGUCGUAUGAGGGGCGCGACAUUCACGGUAUUCACCUGUGGGGCAAGGGCGGUAAGAGCUCGAAGCCUGCGAUUUACUGGCACUCCACGACGCACGCCCGCGAGUGGAUCACCACCAUGACGGUCGAGUACUUCCUCUACCAGCUCAUCUCCGGCUACCUCGCCUCGGACGCCGAGGUCACCGCCCUCCUCAACGCCUACGACUUCUACGUCCUCCCCGUCGUCAACCCAGAUGGCUUCAUCCACUCGCAGACGACCGACCGCCUUUGGCGCAAGAACAGACAGCCGCGCUGCAACCAAGCCUGCAUCGGCACCGACCUCAACCGCAACUGGCCGCACUACUGGAACGUCACCGGCGGCGCCAGCGACGACCCAUGCGCGCAGUCCUACCGUGGUCUGAGUCCCGGCGACACGCCCGAGAUGGCGUCCUUCACGGCCUACACGGACAAGGUCGCGUCGGCACACCCCGACGGCAUCAAGUUCUUCGUCGACUGGCACGCGUUUGGCCACAUCAUCCUCAUGCCCUACGGUGGCAACUGCUCGCUGCGCGUUGCCAACUAUGACCGCCAGAUGGAGCUGGCCCGCCAGACCACCGCCAUCAUUGAGAGCGUCGCCGGCAGCAAGUACAGGUACGGUCCCGUGUGCGACGUCUUGUAUGCCGCGAGCGGCGGCUCGAUGGACUACGUCUAUGACAUUGCUGGUGCCGACAUUGCCUGGGGUUGGGAGCUCAGUCCGGCGAACGAGGCUGCCGGUGGCUUCGUGCUGCCAGCGGAGAAGAUCCUGGCAACAGCCCAGGAGAACUGGAAAGGUGUCAAGUGGCUAUUGACCCAGCUCUGA